CCCAGUUCAGGGAUUUCAAACAUCAAAAAAAGCGACACAUCAUCGCAAAACUUAGUUUUUUGUAUAUUUUAAUUAAAUCUCGUGAAAUAAAAGGAAUAAGAGAGAGAUGGCUUUAAUGACAAUGAUAGCAAGGACCAUUGAUGGAUUACCGUUAGUCGGAACUAUGCAGGAGAAUGAGGAAUCGGGUAAGAAUGUCUUAGAAUAUCAGAAUCAGGCAAAGAUGCUGUUUAGAAAACUAGGUCCAAAUUCACCUCAACGAUGUUCAAUAGAGACUGGCAAUUAUCUAUUUCACUAUUUGAUUGAAAAUGAAGUCUGCUAUCUUGUUUUAUGUGACAAAAUGUUUUCCAAACGAAUCGCAUUUAAUUAUCUCGAAGAUCUUGCCCAAGAGUUUUAUAAUAGUUAUGGAAGGAAGAUUAAUACAGUCACAAGACCUUACCAAUUUAUUGAAUUCGAUAUUUAUAUACAAAAAGCUAAGAAAUCAUUAACGGAUAGACGAAGAAAUAUAAACACAAUCAAUUCACAGCUACAAGAUGUUCAGAGAAUUAUGGUACAGAAUAUUGAUGAUGUUUUGCAGCGCGGUGCCGUUCUAUCAGAAUUAGACACAAAAGCUCAAGGACUAUCAAUGUUAUCACAGAAAUACAAGAAAAGUGCUACACAAUUGAAUAGACGCUCUAUGUAUGUUAAAGGUGCAAUCGCUGGAAUCAUUUUAUUAAUUGUUGGCAUGUAUUUCUGGUUGUUCUGAGAUCAAACAUAUGGUAAACUGUAUUUAUUAUUCCUUUUAUUUUUGAAUCAUGAUUUAUUUUUUAUUAUACAACUUGGGGUUUGUCAGAACUAUUUAAAUUUUG